AUGCAAACGUUUCAUUUCAUCAGUCAACGAUGGUUUGCAGUUGAGAAAGAUGAUGGGAAGAUCGAACGUGUUCUGCAUGCUGCAAGUGAUAUGGAAAAGAGUCAGUUCUCAUUUGUGUUAACAAAGCGAACUUAUCACAGUGUGUCUGAUGGUCAUCUUUGGUUUUCGAUUUUUUCGCGUCCACCAUCGAGCCAGUUCACUCGUGUGCAACGAUGUACAUGCUGUUUUGUUCUAUUGCUUGUUUCGAUGUUUCUCAAUAUUAUGUACUAUGACUUAUCAAACGAGGUGAAAUCAAGAAACACAACUAGCUUAUCGUUUGGCACUGUUCAUUUCAGUUCUCAGCAGAUCAUAAUCGGCAUAGUUGUUGAAAUGUUUGCAUUGAUUCCCAGUUUGUUGCUUGUUCAGCUGUUUCGGCGUGUUCGUCCUCGUCGACAACAACAGUCACCGCUACGGCAAGCGUUGUCAAAAGUCAAACUGAAUGUUCAGAAUGAUCCUAAUAGACAAAAGAAUAGCAAGAAAAAGAAGAACACAUUGAUGUUUCCAUGGUGGUGUAUUUUGAUUGCAUAUGGAUUGUGUUUGGUAUUAGUUGGCGUGUCCAUUCUGUUUAUUAUUGCUCGUGGUAUCGAGUUUGGUGACGCGAAAACACAAAAAUGGUUGGUAUCCGUUGUCAGUGGUAUCUUUUCGUCCGUUCUCCUCACCCAACCGUUGAAAAUCAUUGCAUUGGCCAUAUUCUUCGCUUGCUUUUUUCGAAAGUCAACUAGUGAAACAGAACCAGCUGGGCUGUUAGGUGAUGAUCAAGUUGAUUUAGCGGCUGAUGAAGAGUAUCUUCACACGUUUCAGAAGAAAUCUCUGUUUGUUCAUCCAUCUUCAAUUCGUGCUCAGCGCCUCAGUGAUCAUCAAAUUAGUCAACUGCGUGAUGAUCGACUGAAAGAAAUCCAGAUACGGAAUGUCAUCCGAGAGAUGGUGUUGUAUGUGUGUUUUCUGGUUGUCCUUUGUGCUGUUAUCUAUUCGAAUCGCGACUCAAGUGCAUACUAUCAAGUCGAUCAUUUACGAAAGUAUUUGCUCGACUCUAGACAAGAGAACCUGGACUUUACAAAAAUUGCAACAAUAGAUGAAUACUGGAAUUGGCUGGAAAAGAGUUUAAUUAUCAAUCUGCGAGCUCAACAAUGGUAUAAUGGCGAUCCACCGCGCAGUCUCACUGGUUUCAUUGACGACAAAUCAAAUCGGUUGAUUGGAUGGGCAACGAUGAGACAGUUAAGAGUCAAAGCUGAAUUAUGUCGGCAACAGAAUGUGUUCUCCUUGACAUGUGCAGCUGAUUAUAGUUUGCGGAACGAAGACAAACAGUCGUAUGCUCCUGCAUGGCAAAAUCAAUCAUCACAAAUCUACCAUUCGUCAGUUACAAAAGCGUUUACGUAUCAGUCUGGUGAUGUAUUGGAUACAUAUGUGUAUGUUGGAGAUCAUGCAAGUUAUGCAAGUGGUGGUUAUGUGUAUGAAUUUCGUGGUCGUUUGAGUGAUCUUCAAAGCAAUCUUUCCCAACUUCAUCAGCUUGGCUGGAUCGACAAUCAGACUCGAGCUGUCAUCAUUCAAAUGACUUUGUACAAUCCAAAUGUUGCUCUAUUUACGGCUGUCACUUUCCUUGCUGAAUUCCUCUCAUCGGGCGGAGUAUUCAGCAGUGCUCGUUUCGAGCCGAUCAGUUUUUAUGCAUUUACGUCGACGCUUCAGUUAGUAUGCACGAUAGUUUACAUGUUAUUCAUAUGUUAUUUCAUGUGGCUCGAAGUACGACUGUUGAUAGAGAUGAAAUGGAAAUAUUUCAAUCAAUUCUGGUCGUAUGUGGAUGCUGGAAUAAUUGCUUGUUCAUGGGCAAGUGUUGGCAUUUAUAUUUGGCGACUCGGAGAAAGCCGACGAAUCGGAAAAUUAUUCGAAAAGACCAAUGGAUAUGUUUAUAUCAACUUACAAUUGGCCUCAUUUAUUAACAAUGCUUUAACAGAUUUAUUGAGUUUUUGUUGCUUUUUCGGUACAAUUCAAUUAAUCAAAUUAUGCCGUAUCAAUAGAAAGCUUAUCUUAUUUAUUCGUACUCUUCAGUGCGCAGCCAAAGAGUUACUAUCCUUCUCGUUCGUGUUUUCGUUUGUGUUCCUAUCAUUUCUUUGUCUCUUCUAUUUACUAUUCGUUUCAAAAUUACCUGAAUGUUCAAGUUUACUGGGAACAGCUCAGAUGUUAUUCGAAAUGACCUUGAUGAAGUUUGAUGCACAUGAACUGAGUGGAGCUGCAGCAUUUCUUGGUCCAUUUUGUUUCAGUUUAUUCAUUUUUAUGGUUGUUUUCAUUUGCUUGAGCAUGUUUGUAUCGAUCAUCAAUGACAAUUUUCGUCGUGCAAGAGAGAAUGUGGACGACAGAAAGGAAGACUUGUUAGCGUUAAUCAUCGAAAGAUUUAAAAGAUGGUCAAGACUGAAAAGAUUCACUGAAGAAGAUUGGCUGGCUGAAAGAGACGCACAGAUGCGUGGAAACUAUUACGACCCAAUCGAAAAAUUUCCAGAUAGAAUCGAUCAAUUAUUCGUUGCUCUGGAUAAAAUCCACGCAGAUCAAAAAUGA